AUGGCUUCAUCCAGUAGCGCCUCCCCUUCAGGUUGGCUGCCCACCUUUACUAGCCUCGACUAUGCCAAGUUCUUCUCUGCCGGCGCUUUGUGCGCUACCGCUACCCACGGCGCCAUGACGCCCGUGGAUGUGGUCAAAACUCGAAGUACGUUGCCCAGCCCAUUUGUGGUGCUGGAAGAUGGCAGUUGAGCUGCGCUGGUGGUUGUGCGUGUUGCUCAUAUCACUGACGUUGAUUACGCCCACUGUACCGUAGUCCAACUGGAGCCAAAGGGAUCCAAAUUGAAUGGCAUGGCCACCAUGACUAGGCACAUCAUCGCUAGCGAAGGCCCAUCUGGCCUGCUUGCCGGCUUCGGCCCCACAGCAGUGGGCUACCUCAUCCGUGAGUUACGAGCGUCGGCAGACUAGACCUGCAGCAUUACGUCGCCAGUCUCCAGUAACAUGUGCUGAUGUGCGUCCCCUUGUGCGUUUCUCAAGAGGGAGGAGCAAAGUUUGCCGGUUUCGAGUUUUUCAAGCUGCAAGGAGCUAAGCUGGCGGGUAGCAGAGAAGCGGCAGAACAAUACCGCACAGCGAUUUAUGUUGGAGGAUCCAGCGCUGCGGAGCUCAUCGCCACUACGCUACUGACUCCCUUGGAAGCGGCUCGUAUUCGUCUGGUCUCUACUAGAGGAUACGCCAGCGGCUUGGUUGGCGCUGUUGGGCGCAUGGCCAAGGAAGGAGGCCUGAGAGAAUUCUACGCUGGUUAUGCUCCCAUCCUCUGCAAGCAAAUCCCCUACGCCAUAGGUCAAGUGAGCGACUUCCACCCUUUGGGUAGUGCAGUGAUGCUUGUGACUGGACACUGAGGGCUCUUUCUUCCCCCGCAAUCUCACCUCACUACCACAGUUCACCACCAUGGAGACCCUUUCGGACCUGCAGAUUACAAAAGAUCUCAAAGCCAAGGGUCACGCAGCCGAAGUGGCCGUUGAUCUGGGUAAUGGUGUGCUAGCAGGUUUCGCAGCUGCAAUCCUCUCUCAUCCCGCCGACACUCUUCUUUCGAAGAUCAACCGAGGAGGCGGAGGAUCAGGUUCAGCAAUGAGCAAGCUGAUCGUGCUUGCCAAGGAGACUGGACCCGUCGGUAUCUGGGCAGGUUUGGGUACAAGAAUGCUCAUGACCGGUUUCCUGAUCGCCGGUCAAUUUGCCCUCUACGCUCAAAUCAAAAAGGCCGUCGGCGCUCCUCCUGGCAUCGCCAUCGCCAAGGCCAAGGAUAGCUCCAAAGCUUGA